AUGGUAACCAGAGUAUUAUUACUGGCAUUCGUGGUGAGCGCCGUAGUUGGACAAGUGGCGAAACAUGGCAAAGAUAGCUCUAUUUGUCAAGAUCCGGUGGCACCUGCGGGUGUUAUUCCCGUGCCGAAGCCUACCAUUCCUGAACAGUUCAGCGCUAACAUAGAGUGUACGAUUAAAAAUAAGAAUAUGACAAUUGACAUGCACGAGUUUUUCGACAACACCAACAACAGAGGCGCUCUCUCUCAGUACCAGGACGGCGAAUCAUACAUGGCGUGGUACGACUACAGUAUUAAUGAAUUCAUCUCAUACUUUCCAACAUUAUCUCUCUGUACGGCUUCAAAAUUGAGCGAUUCUAACCAGAGAUUCCUGUUUGGAUACCAGACACAGACCGGUUCGUCUGGACAUAUAUUCUCAGCUGGUCAAGCUCUUCACUUCACGACAGAUGCUAAAGAGGUUUACAUGGGCAGGUCAAUGGUUAGAGGGAUUGCUGUCGAUGUAUGGAAAUCUUGUCAAUACUGGGACACGUUUGACGCCACAAUGACCGUUUACUGGUAUUUCUCAGCGGCGUCAGAAUGGGACACAGCUGUCGGUCAAGCAGUACCUGUGGGUGCAUACAUUAAAGGAGCCGUAUGGGACAAGCCUACAUCUUCUCCUCGACCAAUUGAACAUUAUUAUGAUAUUUUUCAUUUCAGGAUUGGAAGUCCACCUGACGUGGUAUUCCAGACUCCCCCAGGAGUGCUUUGUUCUAACCGUGUGAAUACAAAACAUGUCCCGAGUGUGUCAGACGCGUUCAGCUUUACUGUGGAAGUAGUGGACAAAACGCUCGGUACUGUCUCCUACAUGACGGAAUAUUAUGACUCCAUCAACAACUUUGUGAGAUAUACACACCGACCUUCACCCAUGGAAAAUAGUCCAUACGGAACCAACGACCUUAUAGAAGUGCACGAUUUUAACACUGGGGUUGCUUAUAUUACGGAUAAAUCGCACGGUAACUGCACAGUGACAACGAUAAACCUGACGUUUGACGGAUCCAAAGCUAGCGCCUCUACACUACGACUCAGAAGUUCCCGAGAAUUUUUCUAUUUUAACGCUAUCAACUUUACCUAUGAAGGAGUGAAUAAGAUUCGAUUUAUUGACGCGGACACGUGGGUAGGACAGCGACCAAACUACCCUCCUGGUAGUGGAGGUUCAUCCACUUGGCAGUGGUAUUUUGCCACGGAUAACUGGUUUGAGAUUAACACUGGAAUGUCACAAGGAGGUGUUCCUAUACAGAUGAACAUCGAUGCUCCCAAUGCUGGUAUGAGCUACGAGUACCACAUGUUUAACUUUAAAAGCAGCGUACCAGACCUCCUCAAGUAUGAUGUUAGUGCUUGUUAUGUCAGCCGUGACAGGAGGAUGUUCCAAAUGAAAUUUCCUGGUCAAUACACACAUGUUGUGGAUUCCAACCUUGAUCAGUUCAAAUAUUUCAUCCUGGUAUCAUUGACAAAAACCAUGUCUGUGUCGCCUCUCAGAGUUUCAAACAUCCAGGUGUUUUUCGACAAAGAUAUCGUCGUCAGUUUUGAAGUCUUGGACGUGGCCCCAAUAAAGGGAGAUGUCACGAAAUACAAGGCGGAAACACCUCUAGCCCAAGCUGCAAGCGCUCUGAUUAAUAAAAUCAAUUCUGGACAGUUUUUCAUUGCUAUGCAUUUUGACAACUUUCAGUCCUUUACAGGUAUGAUACCUAAAACCCAGAGUUUGAUUGAAACAACUUACCUGUGGAACAGUCAGACGGGAAAAGCCAUUCCUCAGUCAUCGUCCGGAUACGGAGCAGGUGUAAUGGCAGCUGUAGGAGUUGUUGUUCCAAUAGUUUCAGCAGCUUUUGGAGGAGUGCUUGCUUUCUUCUUCUUUAAAUAA